AUGGGCAAAAAUUGCGCAAGUCAACAAAUUGCAAACUGCGUUUUAGUAGGGAAAUGAGAUGUCAGAAUUUAUGAAUGGUUCUUUUUUGUCAUUUCCUUUCGUAGGGAAGACGUCUUGGAUUGUAUAUCUGAAACAUGGAGGUAACUGCACCAGAAUCUAAACCCCCUGAAGAAAAGAUGGGUGAAAAAAAUGAAAAAAUACCAUUAACAAUUAGUGACCACCAUGGAGGGACCUAUGAAUCUUUAGUAUCAAGAGAUAAUUCAAUCAUUUAUUGUUGCCACGGCAAUGCAGCAGAUGAAUGUUGCCAAAAUGGAAUAUCGAAAUCAACAGAAAAAAUACCAAGAAAAGAAAGCAUAUUAGUAGAUUCUCAUUGCCACGAAGAUAAAGAAUUGGGCAUUGAUAAGAUUGCGAGACGAAAACUAGUAUUCGCCAGUAUUCUUUGCUUAUUCUUUAUGAUUGGUGAAGCUGUAGGUAGGUG